CGAGGCGAGGCGAGGCGGAGCAGAGCUGCGGAGGUUUGAGUCGGACGUUCAGCGCAGCGCUCCCGGGGCGGAGGAGAACAACCAGAGGGCCGCCGUCACCUGUCAGCAGCACAACCCGAGAGCAGAGAACCGGGGGCGGCGACACAGGACCGUGUGAGACCUGCCGCACCUUCCGGACGCCUGUGGAAGGAGUCCGGUCCGGAGCGGGGUAAAAAAAAGCCUGUUCAGAGGCCGGCGUUGAAAAGGAGCGAGAGGAAGGCGAGCCGAGGAGAGGCUCUGAAUCCAGCUGAGGAGAAUUAAGCCACCACGGAGGAAUUAUUACAGCACUCCCACUCUGCGGAUUCAUCUGUUGCCUUUUAUUUUUUCUCCUCUCUGUUUUUGUCAGAGUGUGAUUCAUUGGAACAGACAUUAUUUUUUUCUUCAACAGCCACUCUGACAGGAAUGUUUGACCUCGACAUCUGCCUGAGAAAUGAAAGGGUUGGUACUUUUUCUUCUCUGUGAACCUUUUGGACGUCACAUUUGAGAGAAACUACGGCGUUGAAGGGGAUUUUCUUUUCUUCCACUUUGAAAUCUCAGACUCUUUCAUUUUCUGUUUUGGAACAUUUCUUAUCUCACUCAGUCUUUUGCUGACAGCAUUUUGUUACUGAUCAAAAGAAGAGGUGACUGUUACUGAAGUUUCUCAAGCAAGGCGUCUGAAAGGCAUCUGCAUUCCUCUUUGGUUUUCACGUGUGGACAGAUCCUCCCUUGUGAAUCCCACAGUGUGUGUUUGUUUUGGUGGUGGAGAUACUUUACCGUGUGUCAGGGGACUGUAAUUAACUCCGCGUCCCUUGUGGGAAAAUGGGAUCAGAAAAGGACUCAGAGUCGCCUCACUCCUCGGUGAGCGGCGUUCCCAACCCUAAGUGCCGUGCGCCUGGCAAACGCCAGGGUCGCAUCUCCUUCCACAGCCUCUUCCACAGCAAGCGGGGCUCACGGGGCAGCAGGAGCGCCAAAGGAGCGGCGCCCGCCCCUUUAUCCCAUCAUCACCAACACCACCAGACGCAGCUGCUCCCCUCUGCCUUGAGUUCAGCCCCCGCUGCAGCCACCGCUACGCCCACCACCGCCACCACCACGGCGGCCACGACCCCCCAGGACGCAGCGUCCAGCACGCCGUCAAAGCCACUCUCCGCCAGCCAGCCUUCCCUGGGUGGAGCCGCCUCCUGCGGGGAGGCCAGUCUCCUCGAGUGCCCCCUGUGCCUGGUGCGCCAGCCUGCCGAGCAGCUCCCCGAGCUGCUGGGCUGCAGCCACCGCUCCUGCCUCUGCUGCCUGCGCCAGUACCUCCGCAUCGAGAUCACAGAGAGCCGGGUCCAGCUCAGCUGCCCGGAGUGUGCCGAGCGGCUGGCCCCGCGGCAGGUGGCCGACAUCUUGGACGACGCGGCCCUGCUGGAGAAGUAUGAGGAGUUCCUGCUCCGGAGGUGUCUGGCCUCCGACCCGGACUGCCGAUGGUGCCCAGCACCCGACUGCGGGUUUGCCGUGAUCGCCUCGGGCUGUGCCAGCUGUCCCAGGCUGGUUUGUCGCAGAGAAGGCUGCGGCGCAGAGUUUUGCUACCACUGUAAACAGGCCUGGCAUCCCAACCAGACCUGCGACUCGGCCCGGCAGCAGAGAGCGCAGUCGCUACACACCCACAGCAACCACUCUCCCAGCUACACACAGGAGCAGGGCCCCGCUGACGACAUCAAGCCGUGUCCUCGCUGCGGAGCGUACAUCAUUAAGAUGAACGACGGGAGCUGUAACCACAUGACCUGCGCCGUCUGCGGCUGCGAGUUCUGCUGGCUCUGCAUGAAGGAGAUAUCCGACCUGCACUACCUCAGUCCUUCUGGCUGUACUUUCUGGGGGAAGAAGCCAUGGAGCAGGAAGAAGAAGAUACUGUGGCAGCUGGGAACUCUGAUCGGCGCGCCGGUCGGCAUCACCCUCAUCGCAGGCAUCGCUGUUCCCGCCAUGGUCAUCGGCAUCCCUGUUUACGUCGGCCGAAAGAUUCACGCCCACUACGAGCUGAAGAAGACGUCUCGCCACAGGAGGAACCUGGCCAUCACCGGAGGCGUGGCGCUGUCCAUCAUCACUGCCCCGGUCAUCGCCGCCGUCAGUGUGGGCAUCGGCGUUCCCAUCAUGCUGGCCUACGUGUACGGAGUGGUGCCCAUCUCCCUGUGCAGAGGAGGCGGCUGCGGCGUGAGCAGAGGGAAGGGACGCGGCGUGAGGAUCGACUUCGACGAGGACGACGGGCCGAUCACAGUGGCCGACGCCUGGCGAGCCCUCAAGUCUCCCAGCCUCGGCGAGAGCAGCCUGGACGGCGCGGUGAGCGGGAUGAGCACCACGUCCCCCAGCGAGGGGCUCUCCGUGGCCCCCGGCACUCUGGGUGACACGCCACACUUCAACACGCUGGCCGGUGGAGCGCUGGGGACUCGAACCAGCAAAUACAGCAGACUGGAGGUUCAAGCAGGGGAACUCGCUAAAGAAUCAGCCCAGAGAGAGACGGGAAGUCUGGGAGCAGGAAGUGACUGUGCCAGCACCCGAGGAAUGGCCGGAUCCAUCAUCUCCUCCUACACCCUGCCUGACAGGGAGUGCACCAACCUGGAGAUCCAGGUGGACAUCGAGACCAAACCCAGCCAUCUCUGCCUGACCAGCGAGGAGGACCUCGCCCCGCAUCCGGGCUCUGCUGCCAUGGUGACCGCCUCCGGGGGGGAGGAGCCUCAGGACUGCAGCUCCAGGAGGGGCGGGGCUCUGUCGGGCUCCGUGCUGGGACUCUCGCCGGGAGCGUCGAUCAGGGAGGGACUCCGGGACGUCACGCUGGCCCAGCCGGAGAGCAUCCGCAGCGACCUGGAGAUGUCCGACACGCAGUCGGACGACAUCGCCGAGCUGACGUCCGACGACUGUGACUCGCCUCACCCCAAAAGCUGUCACCCGGCGGGCGGCCAGCAGCCGCAGCCGCCCUCGUGCCGAGCGCUGAACCCCUCCACCGAAGGCCUUCACUGUCCCGCAGACAGCAACAUCAUCCUCUACGUCUGAGAGCGCCGCUGCUCUUGGGAUUGCACAAAAACUAACCCCAAAACUUUCCCACUGAGACUCUCCCUGACUUCAUAGCUUUUUUUCUCUCUCUCCUCUCUCUCGUCAUCUCUCGUUCGCUGCUUUUUGCAACUCACAGACGCCGUCUUAAACCACAGACAGCAUUUGUUUACUUUGGUCUGUCUGUCUUAUUGAUCUACCUGCCAAUCUCCUCUCUGAGUAAGUUGUCAGGGUCCUACCUCUGAGAUUUAUAAGAUGAUGAUUUAUGUUUACUCCUUGGUGCAAAAUGCCUUGGCUACUUAAGCAAAAAAAAAAAAAAGAAAAAAAAAGAAAAAAUAACAAGAGGUACAAAUUUUCCACAAUAAAUAUUGCAAAACUGAAAACUAAAAAAUAUGGUGAAAGCUCACCAAGCACAGAAGAGAGAAAAGGAUUGUGGGUAAGAGGAUGUUUAUAACAACGUGUGAAUGAAUGUGGACUUUGUACUCAACUAUUGUGGCUUUAUUUUACUUUUAACCCCUCCUCUAUUUAUAUUCAGAUGACAUGGAAAUUGUAUUAUUUGCAGUGUGCAUGAGUCUGCAUGAGCCGUUUCUUUGUGUGGAAGGUUUUUUUUAAAGAGACAGUGAGUUUCUGUUACACUGGUGAAAGUUUAAAGUUUACGACGGAGGACGAAGCUGCACUUGAAUCUCACUUUCCCACACAGAAGAAGACGAAGGCGACAGACACCGAGAAUCAAUGCUCCAGAAACAAACAGCAGAGUUCUGACAAAUCUAAAGCAGCUGAGAUGAAAAACGCUGAGAGAUUGUCUUUUUUUACAUUAUGAACCAGCAUGGAGGUCUGUGCCAAACAAACUAAGAAACUAUUGGAGUGUGUUUGUAUUUACUACCACUGUGAUUAACCUGACUUAUCAGAGGCUUGCCUCAUUAAUCGGAAUAGAUUUUUUAGUGAUAAUUUUAUCUCCCCACUCUGUACAUUCACCUGCAUUUUAACAAAUACUUAACUCGUGGUGACAAGGUGCAGCAGCUCUGUCAGAACAUAAAGAAAAACAUCCAAACUGCAUACAGAAAAGCCCCCGCUGGACUCAACCUGGGGACUUCUCACUGUGAAAUGAGAUUACUGACCACUGUGCCACUGUGCCAGCCCCGCUCCAGAGCCUGAACAAUGAGCAGUUUUAUUUAUAGAGUCAAAAUGUGAUUGUUUCCCGGAUAAUGGUAAAAACAGUAGCUCUCACUUUCCUCUCUUCCCCUCAGACACGCUCUGAGUCGCUGUCAGAACUCUUUGGCUGUUUGUUUCUGCCGAGUCAUGUGACCAGGCUCGUGUUUGACAGUUGGCUGCCUUACCGACACUCGCUGACCAACACAACACCCGCCUGGUCCCGGUGGUGUAUAGUGUGUUGACUGGCUGUCUGACCCGCUCCUGUGUGUAUGUGUGUGUGAAUGAAUGAAUGAAUGAACUGGUAAUGAAUGUAUCUCUGUUCCACUUUUUCUUUUUCUUUUUUUAUGAAUGAGCACUUGUGCACUUUACCUGGAUUUAUCUUAUUUAUCUUGUUUGUUUUGCUGGUUCAUCAUCUGUUGCUCUGAAUGACUUUAGUUCAGUUGCUUACAAAAAGUCUGUGGUUCAACCAAAAUAGAUCACCUACCAGAGGGCCUUUUAUGUUGGAUGUAACUGAACAAGUGUUUGGCUCCAAAACGUUUGAAAUAGACACUUUAUCAGUAUCUUUACUUCACAGGAUAUUCAAGGUGUUUUUUAAUCAAUUCUGCCACACAGAUCCUUUAUUUUUAAUAUGUUUCUUACGUAAACUUCCAUCCAUCCUCUACACCGCUGAUGUUCUUCACCGGGACUGGAGCUGAUGCCAGAUGAUUGUGAUAGAAGGUUUCACCCUGUACAGGGCAAAUACAGAGAGAUAGACAAUCACACACACUCGCAUUCAGUGUGGAGUCUCCACUUUUAGCCUCAAAUGUAAGUGUUCGGACUGUGGGAGAAAAUCAGAGUACCUGCAGAAAAACACACACAGCGCCAAACCCAGGCUCCAAUCAGGAGCCUCGUGCUGUGCGGCGAUAGUGCUAACCACUACACCACUGUGCAUCGCUUUUCUAUUCAUUUGUGUUUUGCAAAUCCUUUUUUUUUUUUUUUUGGAGCCAAACACUUGGGACACUGAUGCCGAUAAGCUCUUCUUAAUCACAGCCUGAAUUGUUUCUUAGCUUUGUAUCACCUCUGUGCUUCUGUUUAAAAAAAAAAAAAGAAAAGAAAAAAAAAAGGGUUUC